GGAGCCAGAGACUCCUGCUGUGUGUUUGAGCUGUCUGUACAGCGCUGAGCCGCUGAAUGCUGUCGAACCAAAAGCCAACAUGUGGAUCAAGCUUCGAGCUGCAGCCCAUAACUGUCACAUCUCCCUCACAGUCAAUGAGAUUUACAGGAAUGUGCUGACAGAGAUUGAUGAGAACCUGGCCGUGAGAGCCCUCAUUCAGGUUUUCACUGCCUGCUUCCUCCAGAGACUGACCGCACAGAAACCUCAGGAUCGUCUACCACUCAGAGCCUUCUUCCCAAAUGUGACGCCCUGUUUACUCACUCCUUUACUGACAGAACCAUCAGAGGUUCCAAGGGAAGCCUAGCUGGAUCAUCUGAGCUGGAUCAGAAGUUUACUUCAGAGCGUGACGGAGAAUGAGGAGGCAGAGGAAGAUGUCAGG